CACGCCGGGGACCUGAGGCAGGAUUUUUGUGUGGGUUUGCUGGGAAGGGGAGGGGGCUGUCCUAAAAUAUGCCGUAUGCUUAUGAUCUCCCUCUGGCCCCGACACUCAAAGCCAAAGCAUCUUAUGACCUGGAAUCUGUGUAUGUGCUAAAGGAAGUAGGUAAAGGCGAUGCCUAAGUUGGUGCCACCGGUGAAGAAAAAGCCCGUGGGAUUUCUGUAAUGCAUCUGGCAUUAUCUGAGACAGCUACGUCCAACUGGCUAGGGUGUCGGGGGGACGUGUACGGCGAGCGGAAGAGACCAACUGUCCUGUUUGGGGUCUGGUUUCCAGGUGAGGGGUUUGGCAAGGGGCUGAACGUACCCGUUGGUGGAGGAGAAGUUGGCUGGACCAUGUCGGCCUUCGAGAAGCCUCAGAUCAUUGCCCACAUCCAGAAGGGCCUCAACUACACUGUGUUCGACUGUAAGUGGAUGCCCUGCAGCGCCAAGUUUGUGACCAUGGGCAACUUCGCCCGGGGCACCGGCGUCAUUCAGCUGUACGAGAUCCAGCACGGGGACCUCAAGCUGCUCCGGGAGAUUGUCCAGAGUUUCCAGGGGCCGAACCAGAAGGAAAAGCAGACUUCAGGAGGACUGUCAGUGACCUGGGAGAUUGAAAAGGCCAAACCCAUUAAAUGUGGAACAUUUGGUGCAACAUCCUUACAGCAGAGAUAUUUAGCUACUGGAGAUUUUGCUGGAAACCUUCAUAUAUGGAAUUUGGAAGCUCCAGAGUACCCAGUGUAUUCCGUAAAGGCCCAUAAAGAAAUUAUAAAUACUAUAGAUGGUGUAGGUGGACUAGGGAUUGGGGAAGGAGCACCUGAAAUUGUGACUGGCAGCCGAGAUGGAACUGUGAAGGUGUGGGACCCAAGGCAGAAAGACGAUCCUGUUGCUAACAUGGAACCUGUACAAGGAGAAAACAAGAGAGACUGUUGGACUGUGGCGUUUGGUAACGCGUAUAAUCAAGAGGAACGUGUUGUUUGUGCUGGCUAUGACAACGGUGAUAUCAAACUGUUUGAUCUCAGAAAUAUGUCAUUGCGGUGGGAGACAAACAUUAAGAAUGGGGUAUGUAGCCUGGAGUUUGACAGGAAAGAUAUAAGCAUGAAUAAGUUAGUCGCUACGUCUCUGGAAGGAAAGUUUCAUGUUUUUGACAUGAGAACACAGCACCCAACCAAAGGUUUUGCUUCUGUUUCAGAAAAGGCUCAUAAAUCUACCGUGUGGCAGGUCCGACACCUGCCCCAGAACCGAGAGCUGUUCCUGACAGCGGGAGGCGCCGGCGCCCUCCACCUCUGGAAGUACGAAUACCCUGCCCAGCGGUCAAAGAAAGAUUCCGAGGGAGUAGAGAUGGGAGUUGCGGGUUCGGUCAGCCUUUUGCAGAAUGUUACAUUGUCUACCCAGCCCAUCUCCAGUAUGGACUGGAGUCCGGAUAAAAGGGGCCUCUGCAUCUGUAGUUCAUUUGAUCAAAUGGUGAGAGUACUGAUUAUUACAAAACUCAAUAAAGUUUGAUCGGAAGAUUUUGGACUUUGAAACCUUCCAGUGGAACACUCGGAGAAUUUAGAAUGAGCUCUGCAUCCUCCGACUCUCCUCAGCCAAGGCUGGAUUUGACUGAUGAAGAAGGCCCAGAUACAAACCUCAGGCUCGCCUCUCUGGGUGUGCAAUGCCCAGCGGUGAGUUCCUGCACAGGGGACACCACGGUCUCCAGAGCCAGAUCUGUUCCUCUCUCCAUUUCUGAUAAAAGUUGGAACUUGUCUAUAUUUCACCAUAUUUACAUUUGUUCAGCGUCCCCAAAUUCCAUAUUUUAUAAUAAACACUUGUGUUGCAUUUCAGUGUUCACACGGUCAUGGUAGGGAUCACUUAGUUUGGUUUAGGAUGGUUUGCCUUGGUGAAACUACUGUGAAUUAACUUUCAUAAGUGUACUCUGAGUGCUUUCACAGUCACUAAGUUUCAGUACAAAACAUUACUUUACAAAAUAACCCUACUGUGCAGUCAAAAUAAAUUUGGGUAACUGUUUAGCUGCGUAACUCAUAAAAUGAAAUACUGUGAUUUACAGAGAUCUCUUUUGUACCUAGAAACAGAGUUAAAUUAGUGAGACUUUCCAUUAUUGACUGUGGCAAGUGAUAUUGAGAUGUUCAAGUUUUGGGGAUUUUGUAAUCUUUUUGUCAAACUUUUUAAUAUAUUUUAUGAAUAAAUUUUUGGUUUUUAAAUCUA